AUGGAGGCGGCGGAUAUGGAGGAUGCCUUCAACGUCGGCGCUGCGCCCGUUGCGGCAGCUGAACGCCUGGCUUUUGUGAAUGCCCGUCGGCGUAAAUGGCCACCCGCACAGAGCCAGGACUACGGCGACGGCAUCCCGAGCAACGCAACCGUGUUUAUACACACAUUUGGCUGCAGCCACAAUGUCAGUGACGGCGAAUACAUGGCGGGGCUUCUUGCGCAGGCCGGCUACCGUGUAACCGACGUCUUUAAUGGCGCCGAUGUGUAUCUCCUGAACUCUUGUACCGUCAAAAACCCGAGCGAAGAGCACUUCAUCAGCAUGAUGAAUCGCGUGCGUGCCACGGGUAAGCCACUUGUUGUCGCUGGAUGUGUGCCACAGGCGGACCCGAGAAACACACAGUGGGAUGAUGUGAGUGUUAUUGGUGUCCGCAACAUUGAUCGCGUUGGUGAAGUCAUUCAUGAAGCUCUGCAGGGCCACUGUGUGCGACUUAUUGGGGUGAAUGAACAUGCGAACAAUAAACAAGAUCCCAAUGAACUUCCACCGCUGGAUCUUCCAAAGAUCAGACGUAAUCGAUUUAUAGAAAUUAUUCCCAUUAGUGUUGGUUGCCUGAAUCAUUGCACAUAUUGUAAAACAAAGCAGGCUCGUGGAGAUUUGCGGAGUUGGCCCAUCGAGUCUAUCGUUUCGCGGGUUCGUUCUGUUCUGAAGGAGGGAGUAAAGGAAAUUCGUAUCACCUCCGAGGAUGUUGGGGCUUACGGCAUUGACAUUAACACGGAUAUUGUUUCUCUCUUGCGUGCCAUUGUAAAGGAAAUUCAAGGCACAGAAGUCAUGAUGCGUGUAGGAAUGAGCAACCCACCGUACCUCCUACGACACUUAGAUGAUUUCGCGGCGCUUCUUAGGCAUCCAAAUGUAUAUGAGUUUGUGCAUAUUCCCAUACAAUCUGGAUCCAAUCGUAUUUUGAACGCGAUGCAGCGGGAAUAUACUUUAGAAGAGUUCUACGAGUGUGUGCAUCGCAUACGCAGCGUUGUGCCAAAUGUGACGCUUGCCACGGACAUUAUUUGUGCCUUCCCAGGUGAAGGUGAGGCAGAGUGGCGUGAGACCAUGGAGCUCUGUGACCACGUCCGCUUUCCUGUUUUGAACAUUACCCGUUUUUACCCGCGUCGAAACACACCUGCGGCGUCAAUGAAGCAAAUCCCAACCGAUGUGGCAAAGCGGCGCACGUCUGAGCUCACGGAAUUUUUCAAUUCUUAUCGAACGCUUGACCAAAUGGUAGGCGAGGUGCAUUCCGUCGCUCUUCUGGAAACAGCACAUGACAAGCACCAUCUCGUUGGGCAUACAAAGGCCUACGUGCAGGUUCUUGUCGACCCUCAAGAAGCCAGAUUGGGGGAAACUGUCACUGUUGUCAUCAUGUCAACCACAAAGUACAGUGUGGUGGGCCGAGUGCUGCGCCGCCGCUGCGAACGACUUUUGGCGAAGUCAACAAUGACUGCUCGCCAAAUCAACUGGAACUCUCUGAGUGUCGUCGCCUGUUUUGUGUCCGCAUUUGCGGCGGCGACAGCCGUAGCGAUCCACAAAGUACAUGCAGGGCGGCGUUGA